ACCUUCUCUCCUUCCUUAAGCCCCUUUGAGUUUCUUCAUCACCUUCAUUUGAACACUAGCCUCAAAUUCAUUUUGCUUCUUCCUUUGUUGUUCUUCACUCUUUUGACACAUUCAUUGUCCAAGAAAACAAAACACAAGCCAAAAUGUGUUCUUCCAAGAAACAAGCAGGGGUUGUUGAUAUUUCCCCACAAACACCCUCUCAUAUCAAUGGACGCCCUGUUUUUCAACCAUAUAGCAAUAGAGACCCUCUCUUGGCACGCCACAAUUCCCACAAAAAAUCAACAAAUUUCAAGAUUUCUUCUCCUUCUUCAACAACAAAUAACAAUAGUGCUGCAAAAGUGAAAAAUUCAGUACUAACAACUCCUCCUAUCUCUCCUAAAAUCAAGUCUCCUAGACAACAAACAAGUAGUGAGAAAAUUGUGACACCUAAAAAGUCACCUAGUUUCAAGAUUUCAACUCCUCCUGUUUCUCCUAAAAUUAAGUCCCCUAGACAACAAACAAGUAGUGAGAAAAUUUUGACACCUAAAAAGUCACCUAGUUUCAAGAUUUCAACUCCUCCUGUUUCUCCUAAAAUUAAGUCCCCUAGACAACAAACAAGUAGUGAGAAAAUUCUGACUCCUAAAAAGUCACCUAAUUUACAGAUUUCAACUCCUCUCGCUUCUCCUAAAAUCAAGUCCCCUAGACAACAAGUUAUCAAGAAAGUGAAUACAAGUUGUGAGAAAAUUGUGACAACUAAAAAAGGAAAUACUGAUUCUACAAUCUUGGUGAAGGAUUCUUGUAAAAAAGACUCUUCCUUUAUGAUUCUUGAAGUUGCUGGAAGCAUAGCAGCAGCAAGAAGGGAACAAGUUGCCAACAUGCAAGUGCAAAGAAAAAAGAAAAUUGCACAUUAUGGAAGAACUAAUUCUGUCAAAUUAGUCACUCCGCUUGAUUCUUCCAAUAAUUCAAGUUUUAAAGAGGGCAAAAGAUGCAGCUUUAUCACACCUAAUUCUGACCCUGUUUAUAUUGCAUACCAUGAUGAAGAAUGGGGAGUUCCUGUCCAUGAUGAUAAUCUGCUAUUUGAAUUGUUGGUAUUAACUGUGGCUCAAGUUGGAUCAGACUGGACUUCAGUGUUAAAGAAAAGGCAAGAUUUCAGGGAUGCCUUUUCAGGAUUUGAUCCAGAAAUUGUUGCAAAAUACAAUGAAAAGAAGAUAAAUUCAACAAGUACUGAAUAUAGCAUUGAGAUGAGCCAAGUUCGAGGGGUUGUUGACAAUUCUAAAAGAAUUUUAGAGAUCAAGAAACAAUUCGGGUCGUUCCAAAAGUACUUGUGGGGAUUUGUGAGCAACAAGCCCAUUGCAACACAAUACAAGGCCUGCAACAAAAUUCCAGUAAAGACAUCAAAAUCAGAAGCAAUGAGCAAAGAUAUGGUGAAAAGAGGAUUCAGAUAUGUUGGCCCAACUGUUAUACACUCCUUCAUGCAGGCAGUUGGGCUUACUAAUGACCACCUAUUAACCUGCCCAAGACAUGUCCAAUGUGCUGCCUUGGCAACUCAUCCACCUAUUGCUCUAUGAAAAUUGCACCUACUAACGUCAAGAAUUAAUAUAUUGUUUAGUUUAUAAGGCAUUGACUAACUAGUAACCAAUAAGUUGUUAAGAUUGUGAUAAAUAUACCCCUUUUAGUGUCUUUUUUUGGUGAUUAAUUUAGAGUUGUGUGAAAUGAUAUAGUUUUGUGAUGGAAUUUAUUUAUGUAGGCGUUCCGUUUGUACAAUAUUUGAUUGCAGUUGAAAAAAGAGCUUGUGAAGUUGUAAUUGAAAAAAAAAAGUAUUGGAAGUUUGAUUAAAGUUAUUUUUGGAGAUGAAA